AUGGCCAAAAAAUGGUUGUCAAGAGCUAGACAAAGUCACGAAUUGGUACCAAGCAGCGAAGAGCCCCAACAACAACAGAGCCUUCAACCUACUGAGAAUAAAACCUUGAGAGAAGGAACACAAAAAAGUGAUGCGAAUGGGGAUGAUGCUUUAUUGCACGAUUCGCACCCUCAAAAAGGCAAACGAAAACUUUCUGUAUUGGGGCAUGAACUUUUUGAUAGAGGACAGUGGAGUGGUCAAUUUGACUUUCUAAUGAGCAUGAUUGCAUAUGCUGUUGGAUUAGGCAAUGUUUGGCGAUUCCCCUAUUUAUGCUUUAAAAAUGGAGGAGGCUCUUUUCUUGUUGUUUAUGCCUUGUUUUUUGUAUUUGGUGCCGUGCCUAUUUUUAUUAUGGAAGUGACAGUCGGCCAAUACUUACAAAGGGGUGCUAUGGAAAUGUGGAAAAUGUGUCCUAUUUUUAAAGGUGUUGGAAUCGGCAAUGUUGUGAUUGCUUUUAUGUGUAUUGCCUAUUUUUGUGUUAUUGUCUCUUGGGCAACUUUUUAUAUGAUUAGUUCAUUUAACUCUACAUUUCCCUGGGAAACUUGCAACAAUUAUUGGAAUAACGGCCAGUGUGUUACAGGCAAAGAAUCCACUUCAGAAAUUAUGCGGAUUACUUCUAAUCUUUCCCGCUAUGGUUUAAGCAUCGAAAGUUCCGUUGAGCAGUAUUGGGAACGCCGUGUUCUCAAACAAACAGCAACAAUUUCUGACAUUGGAGGUAUUCAAUGGGAAUUGCUUGGAUUAAUGUUCCUUUCAUGGGUGAUAGUCUAUUUUGCUUUAUGGAAGGGGAUAACGCAAGCAAGGAAGUUUGUCUAUUUCUGUGCGAUAUUCCCCUAUUUUCUUAUUGUUGUGUUGCUUAUACGAGGACUGACUUUGCCUGGUGCUAUGACUGGCAUUUCUUUUUAUUUGACUCCGAAUCUCACAAAAUUGACUGAAACUACUGGUUAG